UUAACACAGUGCAUAGAUUGUAAGGCACUGAGGCAAAAGCGGCAACAUCUACGGAAAACAGCAGAAUUCCUCAAAGACUUGGAAAAGAAACAAAAGAUGAUUAAAGACCUGCUUGAUGUUAUAAGAGAACUUAAGAAUCAUCUACUGAAACAACACCAAGACAUCUCAGAGCAGUUGUUCACUUGUCAAAACUGUGGGCAGUACAAAAUAAAGCAAGAUCUUGUUAAAAAAGAGUUGACUCUCCUCCAUCAUGAACUAGAAAGGAUGAGCCAAAAUCGCAGUAAACGAAUCUCAAUGAGUGGAAUUCCCUCAGAGCGGAUCUACAACUUGGCAACAAGGACAUACUCUGUGUGUGAAGAACAUAGAGAAAUGCACUUGCGCAGUAGGAAUAGGCAAAGUGUGUGUCAACAUCCUGAGGAGAAAGCAGACUCUGAUGACAGUGUUGACCACAUUGAAGGGCCAUUGAUGUGUGCAUUGAAUGUAAUAAUUGGUAUUGGCAGAAGAAGAAAAGUCACACAGUCUUUGAAAUCCAAGAAACCCUCUGCCCAAAGUAAAAGAAAGCUUAGCAAGUCCAAUAGUAAUCCAUUGACAUCAAGCUCAAGGCAAAGCUACAUAUUAGCACAGGAAAACCCAGUUAUGAUGCCCAGUUUUCUGCGUUCUCCUGACUGGUCUGGGGUUCCAGCAUUUAAGAUGUCUUCUGAUUUCAAAAGACCCUUGUCAGAAGAAAAGUCCAGGCACAAGAGUCAGGAUUUGCUUCCUAAAGGCUACAGGAGUCCAGCUACAUCCCCAGCUAAUCAGCAAGAACAGUUGUCUCCCCUUCAGUGGCUGAAAGAUUUGGAACCAGAUGAGCUGAUCAUUUAAUGAACAUGAAACAAAACUGAAUUAAUAAAGACUUGGUAUGGUCUUAUGUUCACGCCACAUGUUCACUGUAAGAAACAUGUAAACUGUGUUCUUAGAUGGCUGUAGUUGUUAAAAAUGUAGAAGAAUCUCUUUGGAAUAGAAGCCAAUGCUGUUAUUUGCUCCCAUCAUAGGUCUGCAAUGUGUACAAGUAACUUUGUGGCUAUAGUCCUGUGCAUGCAUUGCAGACCUAUCAUACAUCAUAUAGUCUGAUAUUUAACAGGAAAAAGUCUUUUCAGCUGUUAAUGAUGUGUUUUUGCACCACUUUUUACAUCAUUAGUCCUCAGAUGAUGUAAGUAAGAGCAGCCAUAACUUACAUCUAGUUGCAAGUAAAUAGUAUUAGAAAAUAGCCCAAAGAAAAACUGCUUGCUGAUUUCUAUAACUUGAAAGAACGCAGGAAAUGUUUUCUAUUUCUUAAGUAAAUAAUGGCUGAGCACUUGCGACAAAUUCUCCAUCCUGAUUGGAUUUGGUCUGGUGAGAGAAUGCAGUUGUACCAGUACGGUACCUACACUGUAUAUUUGCUUGGCUGAUAUCUGUCUGAGUGGGAACCUACACUGUUAUGUCUUCAAGACAUAACUUCCUUUUAGUUCACUACAUCUAGAUUAAUAGUUUCUGAGAGUUAUCUCUGGAAUGUGUAUAUGAUAAAAUAGUAGAUUGUACUGUAUUAGUAGUAAUAUUCAGGACUUUCUGUAUAUGGUGUUCUAGUAGUUGUAACAUUUAUUACUCUAAGAAUGCGGCAGUUUUGUUUAGAUGUAAGGUGUAUUUCCGUGAGUAGGUACAGUUUUUUGGAUUCACUUGUAGUAUGUUUAACUUAUAUUGUUGUGACAGUGAUGUGAAUUUAAGUGAUGUUACACAAGAGCCGACAGUAAUUGCCUCUUGUGUCACACAGUAGAUAGAGCGUGACAUCUCUGGCAACUUAUUUCAGAGUUGUCAUGCCAUGGCCCAUGAAAUGCCAAAGGAAAAGUGUGACAGGGAGAUCUAAAUGGAGCCACAAUUAAAUGCUUUCUUUUUACCCCCAGUUCUGCCACUACGAAAUACUCAUCUUGCAUGACUAAACCUCAAAAUAUAUUUAUAACAAAUAAUUCUUACAAGAGAAAAUUUAUGGAACCAAACAGAGACUUAUUCAAGGACUAUUAAUUAUAUAAUUCCAACAUCUUGAUUUUUAUUUAAAACCCACUCUCUUAGAGCUGCUGCUUCAUAUAUCAGAGGGCAAGAAAAUACCAAAACUAUAUUUAUAGACCCCAAAAUUAUUCCUACAGGUCUCCGUGUCACUUUUUACCUGGUUAUGUGCGUACUUUCAACAAGCGCCUCGCAGAACUAUUUUAAUGUUACUUUCCCUGUGAUUUUAAUGGGAAUAAAUGGGCAAUUCUUGAGCUAUAAAAUAGAGUAAUUAGUUUAUCGUCUAUUUGGGGUCAGCAAUCAAAGAAUAUAGAGAAAAGGGUGUUUAUAUUUUUGCACUAGUUUUUAAAAGUGGAAAAGUGUAAAAAGUUGUACUUUUCUGUAUUUGAUUCAUUGUACUUGAAGUGUUUAAGAAGAUUUUGCAGGGCAGAGCCCUGCAAUACCGCAGGCGGACAUUGUUGAUUGUGAUCUGCAGUACGCGUGGUUUCAGACAAUACGUUGCUCUCUGAACUUCCCUUUCAAGGCUCUAUUUUUAUACAACAAAUCUUUUUUGUACAACAAAUCUUGCUGUUGAAAUAAUGCUUCCACUUAACGUAAAUACAUGUUAGUAGUUAGUAUUACCUUGUCAAAACAAGAACUUUAUUUAUCGCCGUUUGUAUUUUAAGAAGGAUCACAAUAUUGCUGAGGCAAUCCUUUACUUAGUUUUAAUCUAGAAAUUUAAAUCGUUCGUAUAUGUAGAAUUUGAUGCAAGAGGCUGGUCCUCUGUGGCACGGUUGUUUUUUGAACCUUUCUUUUUUCUUAAUAAAACAAGUAUGAAAUGGC